AUGUCAAGAAUAAUUAAUAACACCAAUGCAAAUGCAAACGCCCCUCCUAAUUGUCAUAUUGAAUUUCUCCAGCAAUUUACUGUUAAAGAGCAUGCAAGGCUUGAUCGACCAGAAGUAUGGACAGCUGAAGAACAUGCAUUUCAUAGAGAACUGCUAUAUACUACCAAGUCCAACCUACCAGAUCAUGCACCCGAAACCAGAAUCAAUCUUGCUAUUCUAUCUAAGAAAUGGAAGAGGUACUGUACAGAGAAGUUGAAAACUGAAGACCAGAAGUUAGCAAUCAAAAAUAUAGAUUGCGAAACUCUAAAGGAUUUUAUAACAUUUAUUUGCCUGAACUACAACAACAAAUCUCAGGGCUCAAUAUUUCACUACAUUCGCGGAUUUCAGCAGCUUUAUAGAUUGGCCAGCGGUGAAUAUAUGAAUCGAAAUGACAGCGAGGAGGUUUACAGGUACUAUCGGACGCAAUUGGCUCCUCGGUUUGGGCACCGCCCUCCCAAUACGAAUGGCAAACCCGUCCUUAAUGUUGACACACUGCGGGUUCUCUUGACCUUUAACAUUGCAUACGACAAUGGGGGUUUAGGACUUGGGCGGCUUCGCCUCCAGCUAACUGCAUGUUAUCAGCUGUUGUGCUAUACUGGAGUACGACCCGGCGAGUUGGUGGAUGCCCAGCGGAAGAUGCCAACAGACGGCUCUUUUGAAGAGCUUUUUGAUAGUGAGGCCAUCCAGUCAGCUAAUAACAACGAUGUAAUGGAUAAGGUAUCUAUUAAGGUUAACCAACUGCUGUUGCAAGAGCCUGUUAAUCGCGACCGCCCCAAGGCUCUUUGUUACGAGGAUAUUCUAUUUACAAUAGUCCGCCACCCUGUUACACAGCAGGUUGCUCCUGCUAUGGCUAUUAAGUUCGUGAACCACAAAGGAGCGGAUAAAAGGCCAAAACCGACUAUAUUCUUCUUUACACCCACUAAAAAGUUAAUCUUCGACGUGGUUCUAACGAUCGCUGCCCUAGCGCUAGCUGAUAAAGCAUUUGCGGCAGAGAGCAUAACCGAUGCGCUCUCCCUAUUCCAGAAACGUCCAUGGGGCACAAGGGACUGUAUAGCGCUCCGAUGGAAGCCAGAGAUGCUCAAGAUCCCAGUAUUCCGUCGGACUCGAGACUCUGCUCUCUCUGCCAAUGAGGCUAUGCUGUACUCCACGCUGAAUACAGAAAUGGGGCAACAGAGCCUUGACACAGGCCAUGAACAGAAGUUAACGCCAAGAAGUUCUCGAAGAGGUGCUGGUAACGCCGCUAAUGGUGACGCUCCGGACACUGUUCGGGAUCAGAUGAUGCGCCAUGAUCCUAAGUUCGCAACAUUCUUCAACGCCUAUCUUAAUGAAUUUGCUAAGUUUGACCUCCAGAAUGCCUUCUUAGAGGAGGAGAAGCAAGUCCAGCUGUUCAGAAUGUUUGCACAUGCCAGUUUGACACGUGACCCUCGAGCUUCAAGAAAUAUGGUACCUAAAGAAGUAUGGGAGAACACACCCCCAGACCCAGAUAUUGUGAAAUUAGAGAUGGAACGUGAUGCUCUCAAGCAAGGCCACUACCGUAUUGAAGGUUGUGCAAAUGAAAAAAGAAUCCGGCAGCUCGGUAAUGAUAUUCGACUUAUGAGAGCCCAACGGGAUAGAAGAAUAGUGAAAGGGUGGCACGAAUAUUAUUUCCAACAUCGUCCGACCUGGGACCUCGACGCACAAGCACGGGGAGAGGUGGAAGAGCAUUUUCGGGAACCAGAAAUGCACACUACCAUCUUUGAGCGCGCUGAGCUAGCUCGAAUUUUAUGCCUCCAGCCCGACGAUUGGACUGGUGAGGAACUCUUGCAGCACAGGAUUAAAGUUGUCCAUUUGAUGGUAGCUUAUUGCGAUAAGAAAGAACCGAGAAAAAUCAUCAAGGCCCGGCCAGAAGCCCAAGCCAGCCGGUCCGGCGGUAAAGGAUUAAAGUUCAUCGCUGCAUCCGAACCGAAGCUCAUCACUGCCUCCAAAUCGAAGCUCAUAACAUCAUCCGAACCUGCACUCAACCUCUUUCCGAUGCUUAUGAAAACUACUCAAUGUCCUGAUUGUAUUGGAGACGACAAAAUGCCUCUCAUGGAGCGUACUUUCGAGUUUUGCAGGGAUACAGUUAGGAAUGACCACUGGGAGGACAGGCACUUGACAGGACGAGAGCGUGCUGAGCAGCGUGGCGAGCCGAUUAUUUGUAAACAUCCUGCGUGCGGAGACCGGAAGUUCAAGCAUUUAGAUCAUUUCAGGGCACACGUCAAAUCUGAUCAUGGGGUAGCACUUAGAUCACACGAGCAAGUCUUACGCAGACGAUUAAAGAAAGCCAAGCAUCGUGAGAUGGUUGUUAGAACACGACAUCGAAAUUGA